AUGGCAGAAGACGACGACAAUGCGACUUUCCAGUCAACAUUAGAGAUCCACGGUGCAACUCACCAGGUCAAACUUACGCCAACACAUAUUUUCUGGGAAAACAUCUACAAUCGACAACCAGCAAAAUGUCCACAAGAGGAGCCGUUAUUCCGUCAUUUUGCCCAUUGUGUGCCAGUGAAGGAGAUUCUUUGUGUGAAUCCAACCUAUGGAAAGUCGUACACCGAUGAUUUGAACCAUGACCAACGCAGCCAUGGCUCACCUGUCUAUAUUGAGAUGCGACCUCUCAAGCCUCAGUCAUUCACCAUCAGUUAUUUCAAGCGAUCUUCUCGCUUCAAGUGGAAGGUGAAAACAAUCACAUUUACCAGCAAGGAAGCUUAUCUCUGUCAACAAUGGGUGUUCAGGAUCAGGAGUGCCAUAGAGAAACUAGGUUUGCAGAGACCAGAAAGUCUGCUAGUAUUUGUGAACCCAUUUGGAGGGAAGAGACGUGGACCAAAAAUUUAUUCCGAGAAAGUGGCACCAUUGUUUGAAAUGGCAGGCAUCCGUACUGAUGUUAUCAUUACUCAGCGCCAGAACCAUGCCAGAGACAUCAUACAGACCUAUGAUUUAUCCAGAGUGGAUGGUGUGAUAUGUGUGGGAGGGGAUGGAAUGUUUGCUGAACUACUGAACGGCCUUAUAGAUCGUAAGAACAGGGAAUUAGGACUUCCUCAGUGUAAGGACCAGGAUCCAGUUUCACCAGAUCUACGUAUAGGAGUCAUCCCAGCAGGAUCAACAGAUGCAGUUGUUUACACGACCAUCGGUAUCAAUGACCCAGUAACCUCAGCUCUCCACAUUAUUGUCGGUGACAAUAUUGGACUAGAUGUGGCGGGUGUGUACUCUGGAGAUCAGCUGAUGAGAUACAAUGUGACAAUGUUGUCCUAUGGUUACUAUGGUGAUAUGUUGAAGGACAGUGAAAAGAACAGAUGGAUGGGACCAAAGCGAUAUCAUGUUUCAGGUGUGAAGAAAUUUCUUGGUAACAAAUCUUACGAAGGGGAGGUGUCCCUACGGUUAUCUCCAAAUGCUGAUUCCAGUCCCAGGGACAAGACUGUGUGUGUUUCUGGAUGCAAUGAAUGCCGUCUUUCUCAGAUGAGAGAGGAGGACAAAGUCCCCACCAGACACAUGUCAGUUUUAUCAGACACAGAUGGCUGGCAUAGAAUACGGGGAAAGUUUAAGGUGCUGAGUAGCUUCACUAUGAGUUGUCGUAAUGCAUUAACUCCCUAUGGAAUGGCCCCAGGAGCCCAUUUAGGAGAUGGAACAACAGAUUUAAUGAUUAUAACGGAAUGCUCUAGGGCGAAAUUCUUGAAACAUUUGCUACGAUGUCAAGAUAAGAAUGCUGAUCAUUUUGACUUUGACUUUGUCCAAGUAUACCGGGUGAAAGAAUUCCGAUUCCGGAGUCUACAUGGCCAAUGUGAUGAUAUGGAGGAUGGCAAUAGGGCAGCAGGGUUAACAAGGACCAGCCAGUCCCAAGGGAAUGCUUUCAACCCAAACAUCAGUCUUUGGAAUUGUGAUGGUGAAAUCCUAGAAACCACCAACCUCGAUAUCAAAAUUCAUUGUCAAUUGAUCAAGAUAUUUGCACGUGGGAUUGAGGAAAAUGAGGCGACUGUACAGUGUCCAUCAUGCUGUACUUCAUGUGAGACGGACAGUUGA